AUGAGCAGCCUCAAAAUGAAUAUCGCAUCCUUGUUAGUAUUGUUCACGGGGGUGGUGGUUUUAACCACUCCCUCUUUCGCAGAUUACUACAAACCGCCUAAGUAUGAACCUAAGCCACCUUAUUUGAAGCCUCCUAAGGUAGAGAAGCCAUUCCCAGAACACAAGCCACCAAAGAUAGAGAAGCCACCAAUCUACAAGCCUUCAACGAUAGAGAAGCCACCAACCUACAAGCCACCAAAGAUAGAGAAGCCACCAAUCUACAAGCCUCCAAAGAUUGAGAAGCCACCAAUCUACAAGCCACCAAAGAUAGAGAAGCCACCGAUCUACAAGCCUCCAAAGAUAGAGAAGCCACCGAUCUACAAGCCACCAAAGAUGGAGAAGCCACCAAUCUACAAGCCUCCUAUUAAAGUGAAGCCACCACCUUAUCACAAGCCAUUGCCUCCUUAUGGUCACUCUCCAGGACACCCUGCAGUUGAAAAUGCUGAAUAUAACAAGCCAAACAACUGA